AUGACGGUUAAAAACAAAACUGAGGAACCAAAAAAAGAAAAAGCAGAGCCAGCCGCUGCACCUAAUGAUGACUUGUCUGAAGAAGACAAACGUUUGCAAGAGGAGCUCAAUAUGUUGGUUGAAAAGCUCCUGGGAGAUGAUGUUGAUCUAUAUCUACCGGCUUUGCAAAUGUUGUGUAAACUAAUAAGAACAUCUACUACAUCUAUGACAUCAGUACCAAAACCACUAAAAUUCCUUAGAGAACACUACCCAUCUCUAAAGUUGGUCUAUGAGAAAAUUCAAGAUCCUGAAACAAAGAAGUUUUGUGCUGAUGUCGUCUCAGUAUUGGCUAUGGGCGUCAGUGGAUCUACGGAUGCUGCUGAGAAAAGAGAAUGUUUAAAAUACUGCCUCCUUGGAACUAUGUCUAAUGUUGGUGAUUGGGGACAUGAGUAUGUAAGACAACUUGAAGGUGAAAUAGCAGAAGAAUGGAAUGUAGAGAAUAUGGAUUCUUUGUUGAGCCUCGUCAGGGAUGUGAUCUCCUUUGACAUGAAGCACUCUGCUGAAAUUCAGGCAUGUGACUUGCUGAUGGAAAUUGAUAGACUUGAUCUGCUAACUCAACACAUGGACCAGAGCAACUAUCCUAGAGUAUGCUUAUAUUUGAUCGGAUGUGCUAGCUAUGUUGUUGAGCCAGAGUCUACUCAAAUUCUGCAAGGAGUUUUAGACACAUACAUCCGCUUUGGUGAAUACCCCAGAGCUCUGUUAGUGUCUAUGCAGCUCCAUGACAAGGCUAAAUGUGAAGAGGUUUUUAAUUCCUGCACUGAUCCGUUGGUUAAGAAGCAAUUGUGCUAUAUGCUUGCACGCCAGUAUAUACCUCUGGAAGUCGAAGAUGAAGAUUUACGCACAAUUCUUCUUAAUGCACAUAUCAAUGAUCACUUCCUCAGUCUUGCGAGAGAACUGGAUAUCAUGGAGCCUAAGACUCCUGAGGAAGUGUAUAAAACAUGGCUGGAAUCAGCUGGAUCAGCACUGCGACCUUCUCUGUUGACUGAGCAUCCCGUGGACUCUGCCCGACAGAAUUUAUCUGCCACUUUUGUCAACGCCUUCGUAAAUGCUGGUUUCGGACGCGAUAAGCUCGUCACCACCGAAGAUGGCAAUAAGUGGAUGUAUAAGAACAAAGACCAUGGAAUGCUAUCAGCUGCAGCUUCUCUUGGCAUGAUCCACUUAUGGGAUGUAGAUGGAGGUCUGACGCCCAUCGAUAAGUAUUUAUACACAGCAGACGAGCACAUUAAGGCCGGGGCCCUGCUUGCUCUUGGAUUGGUUAACUGCGGGGUGCGAAACGAAUGCGACCCUGCCCUCGCUCUAUUGUCAGAUUACGUGCUCCAUUCAAGCGCCAAUCUGCGGAUUGGCAGCGUCUUGGGCUUAGGUAUCGCAUACGCGGGUACACAACGUGAAGACGUGCUGUCGCACUUGCUACCUGUGCUCAGUGACACCGCCGCUCCUGCGGAAAUAUGCGCGCUCGCCGCCAUCUCGUGCGGUUUGAUCGCCGUUGGUUCUUGUAAUGGGGACGUGACCUGCGCUAUCAUUCAACGUCUUAUUGAUGACAACAAAGACUUACAUUCGUCCACUUACGCUAGAUUCCUUCACUUGGGUCUUGGACUGUGCUUCUUAGGGUGCAAGGAGCGCACGGAGGCUACGAUGGCGGCGCUGGAGGUACUGCCGGAGCCGCAGCAGUCGCUGUGCCAGACCACGCUGUCCAUGUGCGCCUACGCGGGCACCGGCGACGUACUCGUCGUGCAACAGAUGCUACACAUCUGUUCCAAACACUACGACACUGAUAACGAACAAUCUUCAGCUGAGGACACAGCAUUUAAGAAACAGGAUAAGAAGGAGUCUAAGGAGAGUAAUGCCAGCAGCAGCUCGGCUGGUAGCUCUAAGGACGAUAAGAGCUCGAAAGGAAAGUCGUCGAAGGACAGUAAAAAUAAGGAGAAAGAAAAGGAGAAGGAAGCUAACAAGGAGUUGUCUUCCGUACAAGCCGUCGCUACUCUCGGAGUCGCCGUCAUCGCUCUGGCUGAGGAAACCGGCGCCGAGAUGUGCACCAGGAUAUUCGGACAACUGGGUCGUUACGGUGAGCCAGCCGUGCGUCGGGCGGUGCCGUUGGCUAUCGCUCUGUGCUCUAUCUCCAACCCACAGCUGGCUGUCAUCGACGUACUCAACAAGUAUUCCCACGAUUCCGACAAUGACGUCGCCUACAACGCUAUCUUUGCCAUGGGUCUCGUCGGCGCUGGAACUAACAACGCCAGGUUGGCUACAAUGCUGCGCGCACUAGCCCUUUACCACGGCAAGUCCCCGGUGCACUUGUUCAUGGUGCGACUGGCGCAAGGCCUGUGCCACGCCGGCAAGGGAACCGUCACCCUCUGCCCGACGCACGCCGACCGACGCCUCAUCAACCAGCCAGCACUUGCAGGCCUACUAGUUGUACUUACCGCCUUUUUGGAUUGUAAGAACAUCAUCCUCGGAAAAUCUCACUACUUGCUGUAUGUGCUGGCCACGUCGAUGCAACCCCGUUGGUUGGUGACCCUUGACGAAAACCUUCAGCCCUUGAAUGUGAGCGUGCGUGUUGGACAGGCGGUUGACGUUAUUGGUAAGGCCGGAACUCCGAAAACGAUCGCCGGAUCCCAUACGCAUACGACCCCCGUGUUACUAUCGUUUGGUGAGCGCGCUGAACUCGCCACGGACGAGUAUAUCCCUCUAUCGCCUGUAAUGGAAGGCUUCGUCAUACUCAAGAAGAACGAAGAUAGUGUUAUGGCUUCGGUCCAAUAA